UUGAAGGCUGGGACUGGAUCUUCGGAUGUUGCGGAAGGGUCUGUGCUAAAUCCCAUUCAAAGGCCCAUGUACUGGGAAGUUAUGGAGGAAAAUUAUGGUUCCGUUGACUUUUCAGGAGGCGUUGUGAUUCCCAAACCGGAGGUCUUCCCCAAUCUGGAACAAGAGGAAAUCGCGUUCAUCCGGGACUUUGAGGAUGGAGACACAUCCCCAGCAGGUACCCAGAUCCUGAAUGGGAACAAAAAUGAGCAUACUCAGCCAGGAAGCGCCGAGCAAAGACAUCUGCCCGAAGUCCAGUCAGGAGAAUGCCAGAUCACCAUUUCUUUGAGGCCUGAGACUUGUGGAAAUAGGACCAGAUCAAGGCGACAGUGGAGCGUCAGGAAACUGGGGGCGGACAAGGCCCUCACAGAAGAAAUCGCAGCUCCUCAACGAGAGAAAAAACACCGGUGCCAUGAAUGUGGCCACCAGACCUAUUCCUUCUCUGAUCUUGCCAGGCACAGGCGAAUAAUACACACAGGAGAAAAAAAUUACCAGUGCUUUGAAUGCGGGAAAACCUUCUACCGGGUAUCUUGUCUUUAUGGACACCUGAGAAUCCACAAGGCCAAGGCUAGUCACAGAUGCAGAAAGAAGCCCAUUGCUACCGCAUCUCUCACGGAAGGUAAUGCACAACUAAGCAAGUUCAGGGAUGGGAAUCCUCAGCUGGGGAGAAAUGAGCCAGAGGAAGCUUCUAGCAGAAUACUAUCAGAAACAUCCCACAGUCCAGUGACUGUGAUUCAUGAGCCGGAGUGUGAGUCCGAAGGGCAGCAGGGAGAGAAGACGGUGCUGACCCAAUAUGAGCCCAUCACGCUUUCAGAAGGUCACGCAUCCAUGAGGGGAACCAUGACCCACACCUGGGUGAAAAAGUUAUUGUACUCCUAAUAUAGGGAAACCAAUCCCAGUAAAUUGGGACAUGUUAUUCAGGAAUCUCCUUGUACAGGGAAGACGUUCUUUCACUGAUCCUGAUGUGGCAAAACCUUCGUGAACAAAGCCAGCCUUAAAGAUCAUCAGAGCAUCCACAGCGGAGAAUUUUUUUACGCGUGCCUAAUGUGCGGGAAGAAAUAUUGUUGGAGAAACUCGGCGUUCAAACGUCUGGGAAACCAUACAGGGGAGAAGCCAUGGAUGAGCUUUGAGUGUUGGAAGCGCUCCUGCUGGUUGAGAGCACACCAGGAAACGCGUACCUGAGAGACGCCACAAGAACACCCCGUGCGGGAAAAGCUUCAGUGAGUGAGUGAGAGAGAGAGACAACGGAGAGCAAGAGGUAUUGAUUAAACACCAGAGAAUCCACACCAUAUUGAGGCUGCAUGAAUUCCUUCGAGCCUCUAAAACAGAUUGUUAAAAAAUGACCUUAUCAGACAUUGGAUAAUCCCGACAGGAGACGAUAUGCAGAGUGCAGGUCAAAGUAUCCAUUGGAGAUCGAGGCUGAGCGACCACCAGAAAACAUUCACACAGGACUGAAACUGUUUGAAUGCCUUCUUCAGUGGAGGGGAAACUUUUAUUGGGCAGCUGAAGGUGUGACACUCCAGCUAAAAGGGAAGGAGAUUGAUGGAGAUGCCUCACCUUUCCCUAACUCCCCUUCCGUAACAUUUUCCUCUCUCAUCAUCCUAUAUAGCUCUUUUCCCCCUUUGCUCACUUUGCUCCGGUGGUUCUAGUCCUGCAGAUGGGUGGGAAAUCUGGCCUGUUGAUGCCAUUACUGCAAGGGAUGGGUGAAGGGUGGAGAUUCUUCAAUCUUCCCGCUCUCCUGCCCAUUGUUCUGGGAUGGGGGUGUUGCCCUGGGCAAAGGAAGGGGCGGGGCCACAUCUGUGAGUUGUAUUUAGUGGCUUGGCCUUAGCAGGGAACAGUUGGGCUCACAGAAGUCAGGCCCCCCCCUCCAAUUUUCACAGAUCCCUCCAACUUCCGGCAGCUUUGUUCCGCAGGGUCCCCAACCUUCAGGACCCACUUCACGGGCAGGGCUGGGAGCUUAAAGUGGUUAGGAGUGAAUCCGCAAACAUGGGGUGUCCCCAAUUUUGUGAAUCGCUUUCCCCUGAGGCAAAGCCACCACUGGGUGCAAUGCAAGACUGUAUUUACGUACAUCCUAAGAACCAUUGGCUCACUCUCCCAUGUUUUCCCUUCCUUCCAAAUUUGUUCCUUGAAGAUUGUUUCCUAGGGCACAGCCCUAUGCAUGUUUAGAAAGAAAGAAAAGUCCUACAACUCCCAGCAUUCCCCUAUGCAUGUUUUGUUCCCUACCUAAACAUGCAUAGGAGUGCACCUUUAGUAACUUAGGUACAGGAAUCCAUUGAGAGAGAGAGAGAGAGAGAGAGAGA